GUGUGUGCAUGCUCAGUAAGCUCUCAGUCGCAAAUUCAGUCAAUUAGCAGGCUUUCACACUUUAACUUGUAACACCCACAUUCUGUUCCUGCCUCCCAGUCUGGCCCACAUCGCUGCAAAAGUAACCAGACCACAAAUCAAACAAGAUGGCUAGCCUUAGAUUUUGGAUGUUGGGGGGUUUUGUGGAUCAGUAGGCUGUGGGUGCUUGCUCCUGCGCCCAACAGUGUAGCCUCUCAAAGGCACUUGCUUCUCCAAUACUAACUGAGCAGCUUUAUGUUUAAUGAGUGGGCCUGGAGUAAAGUUGAUUUUUUCAUGGGCUCAGACCUGAGUGAAGCAGGGACAGGAAACAUGAAAAUAUUAAAAAGUAGCAUAUUAAAUCUCAUGCUCACCUGUACGCUGUGUACAAAAACAUCUUUUAAAAAUCAGUUAAAGUAAGUCUGAAAUAAAGAUUCUCAAAAAGAAAGAAAUGGGUGGACUGAGGAUUUUCUAGCAUCGUGAAUUAUGAUUGGCAUCUUGCCUACCCAAGCCAGACCCUUGAUGUAAGUCACACAGUUCAAUAAUGGCUCAUACUUUGGAUUGCAUCUGAGGAAUUAAUAUAUCAGAUAAAAAUAUUUUGUAUGCUUGUUUGUUAUUUCACUUGCUGUCCUACUUUCCACUGUUUUUUUGGAUAAGUGCAUAGGCUGUCAUGGGUGCUGUCCAAAGUCUGCUUGCUUAGAUGCAGAGAGAGCAGGAAAUCAGAUCUUCUAAAAUCCUGUCUAAACUGUGAUACCUGCUGAUUUGUUGGCCUGGUUUUAAUGCUGUUCAGUCCUGCAGUAUGGCCCACAUCUAUCCAUACUAAAGCUUUAAACUGGUUAGAACAGUAGCAAGAUUGGGAAUAUGCAUUUUAGCUUCCCCUGUGCUGCAGAAUAAAUCUUGUAAUAGUUCUCUAGGAUUGCAAAUGAACCCUCCCACCAAAAAAAAAUGGCAUUCCUUACCAUUCGGAUGAGAUCCUAAACAGCCAUAUUUAAAAAAUACCCUGCCUAAUAUAAAACACAAAAUAAUGUUAUUGUCUCUGCUGUCUAAUCAUAAGAAAGAUUUAAAAUGCAGGUUUUUCCUAACAUUGACUCUAUAAUAGAAACAUAUAUUUUCUUUAUACUCCCAGCAGAGAUUUUGACUUGUGACUGAAGACUGUCUCUCCAUUUUUCUCCCACAAUCUUAGAAAAUGAGUCUAUACAAAUGUAGAAAAUUAAAGAACACAGAGAUUGCAAAAAAGUCAUUUAUAUAUACAUCAAAUCAGUAGGUUCCAUUUAAAUCAGAUAUAGUGUCCAGCAACUCAAACCAGUCAGAAUUUCUGACUGACUUGAGAUAGUGUUACACUAUCUUAGCAAAUAGAGUUGGUCACUUGAUGUAUAGUUUGCUUGAAGAAUGUUUCAAGUGAAACACUAUCCACCUUUUAAUGUGACCACUAUUCUGUCUUCCAAAAUUUACUUUUAUCCUGUAAAAUCUUCUGCAGUGAAAUUAGGAUUAAAAUGGUUUUAGUUUUGGAGAUUUCUAAUUUGCCUUUGUUUUGUUUUCUCAGGUGGCUUUGGGAAGGACAAGUUAUUAAAAGUUCAGCCUAGUCUCAGAAGGUGAAUGACCAUGACAAUGAUGGCAACGAAUUACAGACCACACCAGAGUUCAGAGCACAUGUUGCAAAGAAACUGGGAGCAAUGUUAGACAGUUCAGACUAUGGUCUCCCUUCUAGCUACAUCACUGUCUUGGAGGAGUCAUCAGAUCCCGCACGGACUUCCAUGCAAAUAGCUGACUCUGCAGAUGAUGACUUUCGCCUAUUCUCUUCGUCUGUUCCAGGAGAUUGUGAAAAAUCCAAACCUCCCAUUUUAGCCAGAAGGCGACGACCUUCCAGUUCUAGUGAGCUGGACAGUGACCAGGAAUGGCAGAGGGGCCAAGAGGCUGCUGUGUCAGCAGCAGAUAUCUUGAAGCAAAGUGGGCUUUCAAUGAUGCCCCCAGAUUCCAGUCAGGUUCUCAAGCAGGAGUGCACAGAACACAAGCAAAAGAAGAAAAAGAAAAAGAAAGCUAAAGGCGAACAUAUUAGUGAACAGAAGACUGCAGGAUGUGGCCAGAUCAGCAACCAGACUUUAUGGUCCAUUGAUAGAGACUUCAAGAGACAAGAAGGCAGAUGUACAGAGGAUACAACAUUGCCCAGAGUAGGGAAGAAGAAGAAGAAGAAGAAAAAGGUCAGAAAAGAAGUGAAUGAUUCCACUCUAUAAACCAUGUCUGGUCAGGAUGGAUGAAGGAUGGUGAAAUGCUAACAAAGGUAGUUCAUGCACGCUGUCCUCUGCCGGAAUUGUGGGGAAAUAAUUGGAGAGGCUUCUGUUUUAGGGGAGCCAGAGGACUAAGAGUUUAAGUGAUUGCUCUUGUUGGGGCAUCUUUUGGGGAACUCCCCUUUUACAUUCCAUCACAAAUCAAACUGGUAAUGCAGACCUUGCACUGAACGAUUUAAUAUUCUGCAUGGACUAGGGUGAUACCUAGACAUAUUGGGACAUAUUGAGAAUCACCUCUGCUCUGGUCUGAUCCUUCCAUGCAUCCAGUCCAAAUCCUGUGUCCUGGAGUUAUUGCAUGUAGGUGAUAAACUGAUUUUCAUGGAGAUGGCAGCAAAGGAUCAGUUCCCACUUCCUCUCUCCCACCACCUGCUGCCAGAACCAUGAAAGAAACCGCUCCAGGCUGAGAGAGAGACUGACUCAUCCACAAAUAUCUUGGCAGAACUUGGGGACCCAUCUACCUCUCCUAUAAUCACCAUAAAUAUGUUACCGAAACCUGCUAUGUUACUAAUUCCAGUGGAAUCUAUAUCUUUCCAGGGUUCUGUGCAGAACUAUAAAAGGAUUUCACAAUAAUGUCACUUCAUUGCUAUAAGCAGGUGUUUCUUUCAGAUCUGUCUCUCUCAAGACUUCCAUGUUCAUGGUAUCUGCCAGAGUGCAGUAAAAUUCAAUAACAAUAAACAUCUCAGAGUCUAAUUUAAUAUUGUGUCUUAUGCGUAACUGCCAUCUUCUUCCAUUAGGAUGGGCACAGCUGACAAAAGUAUUGCACACUGCAUGUGGCUUUAGUUACACAGGUAUUUGAUGAAUAAAUUUGAUGAGUAGAACUGCCAAAAAUAGAUCCCUUUAGCCUAGCAUGGAAGUUACUGCAUUUAAGUCCUUAUUUGAUCAACCAGAUCUAUGUUGUCUGUCUGAGAAUCAGACACAGGUCUUGCUAGCCUUUCAGUACUGUUUUUUUACUUUCCUAAUGGAGCCCUGCAACUCUGAGAUUUUAGGAAAAGACCUAACACGGGGGCUGUGUCUAGACUACAUGGCUCCGUUGACAGAGCCAUGUAGAUUAG